UGUCCGGGCGCCGCUGGCAGACGCUCCGCGGCGGCGGAGCCCCGGCCCGUCCCCCGCGCUCCGCCCUUCCAGAACCGCCGCUCCCGCAGCGCCCGCCCGGAACCGGACGCGUGUCAGCGCCGUUCCUGCCACGCCCGCCAUGGCGGCCUUCAAGCGCCCUGUGUUCCUGCCGGUCGCCAGGCGUUCGUCCGUGGCCGCCGCCAGGCUCAGGCGCAGCCUCCGCCCCCUGCCCUGCGGGGCGGGCGAGCCCGAGCUCAGCUGCGAUUCCGAGCUCAGCUCCUAUUCCGAACUCAGCUCCGAUUCCGAGCUCAGCUCCGACUCCGAGCUGAAUGGCGAUGCCGAGCUGGAGCCGGAGCCGGAGUGCCUCAGCGAGGAGAGCGAUGAGGAGCAGGGCGCCGGCGCGCCCCGGCCCUCGCAGCGCUCGGCGGUGGCCGCGCUGCUGGAGCGGUGCGUGGCGGCGGGCACCGUGAGCCAGGAAACCUUGGAUUUAACUUGCAGAAGAAUGCCGUGCUUUGCAAAAUUCGCAGAGAUGGAAGAAAUGGUAAACAUGGAAGCUGAAAUUAAUGAGAUAAAACUGAAAACUGAAAUGCUGCAGUUGGAGAAUGAGACAGCAGACAUUACUCACCAUUUUUACUUAGGGAAAAAGUGUGAGAUUUUGCAAGAUAUGAACAGACACCUGGAAGCCAUACUGAAAGAGAAGAGGGAUCUCAGAAAGAGGUUGCUCAAACACAGAUGUCAAGAAAGCCUGCCUAUUGAGGCUACCUAUCACAAGUCUAUAGUAGAGUUGUUGAAUGAGGCUGUGACUUUCAUUGAGAAGCUUGAAAGCCAUUUGCAGUCUGUGAGAAGCAUCCCUCAGGUACCACAUAUGAUGAACAACAUGGACACCACUUUGUCAAAAACAGAGGUGCUCAUGAUAGAAUUGAGGGAGCUGACAGAGCAAAUACUGAAAUGGGAAGAACUGCAGAAAGAAGUGUAUUCUAACAAUGUACGCAAUACUGCUGACUUGGACUUUGGUUUAUCUUUAAUCUAACAAAUCCUUUUCCUCAACUUGGAUGACUACUCAAAGAACUACAUUCUUAGAGUCUUCUGUGAAAACUGAAACAUAGGUCUCUUUUAAUCCAACAGAGUCUUUGUUGGUAGUUAUAUUUCUGUUAUUAAGUAACAGUUCUCCAACUAUUUACUAAAAAAAAGGGCAAUGCUCAUAGGAAGAUAGGCUACUGAGAAACCUGUUAAAAGAGUUCCUUUCUGGAAUAGUUAAAUAGGGGUCCCUUGGAGCCUAUAUCUUCAAUGGAAAAUUGUUUCAGUUUUUUUUGCACUUGCUAUAGUAUCUCAAUUCAUUUUUGUAAGCAUCUUGAUAAAACACUUGUAUUUUGUAUGUUUCCAUAAAACUUUAAUAAAAGCACUAGAUUUCAAAA